AUCCUCUUCCUCACGGUACACCAAACCCUCUCAGGCGCGGGCUGUUCCCUCCUUCGAUACUCAUACACCUCUAGUCAAAACCACGAGGCUUCUAUUUGAGAUCUUUCCGUUCUUCUCUACCUGCUAUGUAGUUCUCUCUCAACAAGUCCCUUGUGAUUUGCGAAUCAAGAACUCAGAGUAGCUCACCGCUAUAUCCUCGGCCGUUCUUAUCAGGGAGCGUGAUACACGACCCAGUACUUGACUCACUUUUCGGCAUCAAGCAACAAGAACGAUCAAAAAAGCAGAAGAGAUAAGAGUUAUAAAGUCGGCCAAAGGCUUUGAAGACGAUGUUCUCUGAAUACGCCUCUCGAUUCCUCGCACAAUCGCAGUCCCGGUUGGUGAUUCAUUCCGACGAUGCCCGCCGAAAAGGCCAUGAACGCUUGAUUCAGCCGCCAGGAAAUCCACGAUCUCUUUCGUCACGGUCUUUUUUACAGCGAGCGGCUGUUGAUCCGUAUCAAACAGCCGCCUCGCAAUUUUCCAAUUUCGUCCCGGGCUCGCGUAAUCCGGUUCAACAAGCACCUUUGUUCUACAGUGCCACAGAUGAAUUCCGAGAGGAGGAUGAUGAAACGGAGCACGAGCGGGAAAUUGCAGAUUUCUAUGCCUUGCAGAAAUCACGACGACAUUUUGGCAUCAACCAUUUGAUGGACUCUUCGGAAAAUGAUGAAGAUGAUAGAUCUCUUUCCAGCCCAGAAGCAUCAGUACCACCACAAUACACUCGGACAGUCUCCAAGGGCAAGGGCAUUUGGAGCUCAUGGCGCGAAGGCGGUCUUGACGAUAAUGCACCAAAUCCACAAAUCUUCAACAACGGGCUGUCCGCUGAGCCUAGAGAGGAAAUACAAACGAAACGUAUGAGCUUCCAAAGAGGAGAGAACCUUGUUGAUGUUCGCUUGGAGGACACGCUUAUACCGGACGCCCAUUCCGAGGAAGUUGCGCCCCCGGAAUUAGGCGACGACAACCCGCCCUCGAUCCAGCGGUUUCGGGAAAAACCAGGGCCUCGAAUGAGUAGACUCGGAAUAGGUUCACCCACUAUGCCACCAGGGCCAGACAACGCCGAGGCGCAGGUGCUUUUCCAACGAGCGAGCUCACCAGCUUCAUACCAAGAGUCGAUCGUAUCGGUUAGGGUCGGUUCACCUGUCUAUGACGCUUUCUGGGGCCAGCUAUUUUUGAUAUCCAUCGCUUGCCUCUUUGCCACUUCGUUCCUUGUUUAUCUUCAUACUUCUACACCCUCAGACCUACCGAAAUGGGGCGAUACGGUAUACUCGACUUUUCACAACUCGUUCUUCAUGUUGGCAAUUUUUACUCUGGUCUCGAUAUCUAUAUCUCUGCUUUGGCUCGCAUUGCUACGGUCAUAUGUACGCGUCCUAGUCUAUGUCAUCAUAUUCGUCGUUCCGGCCAUUUUGUACUUCUUCUCACUCUAUCCCUUUAUCUCGAGUUUCCGUGGCGCCUGGCAUGGAUCGAGCAUCCAAGACAAGGUCAUGAGAUGGGGGUCAGCUAUUCCUUUCGUGAUAGCAAGUGCUUGGAUCUAUAACGUCAUUCGAAGCCGUCGUGCUAUAGGCCGAGCAGUGGGCAUACUUGAAUUUGCCUGCCGCAUCCUUGCCGCAAACAUCGAACUUCUGAUUAUUGGCUUGGGUGUCCUUUUAUUCAUUGUCGUGUGGACGUGGGGUUGGAUGCUCAUGUUCACACGCGUGUUUUUAACGGGACAUGUCUCAGGAUCGAUGCUUUUUUUUAUGGAUCCGAGCAGUUGGUGGUUAGGAGCCUAUUAUGUACUAAUCUACCUGUGGUCUCUGGGAGUCAUCUCUGGUAUUCAACGUACGAUCACAGCUGCAACAGUUAGUCAGUGGUAUUUCCACAGAUUCACCACGCCCGCUCCAACAUCCAGACAGAUCAUCCAAGCCGCCGCGUAUCAUUGCCUCGCAACAUCCUUUGGCACGGUUUGCUUGUCUAGCCUACUGGUCUUGCUAAUUCGGCUUCCACUUCUGCUACUCCCUAACCGGAUCUCUUCUGUUCUUAGUCUUUGUGCUUACUCCUUUGUUCCGACUCCACUGGCCGUUAUUACGAAUCCUCUGGCCCUCACUUAUGCUGCAAUUCAUUCUCAGCCACUUGCUGUUUCGGCUCGUGGUCUGAUGCAGAUGGCAAAUCUGGCGCCGUCAACAGCCAUGACACCUUUGCAUCCACGGUCAUUUACUUGGUCUCGCGAACAUUGGGCACCUCUUGUCUCAUACCGGCUAUCUAAACUUAUCCUUCAUGCUGCUCGCCUUAUGAUGUCACUAGCACUUGGUUUCGGAGGCUGGGUUAGUACUGCGCGGAACUUCCGCGUGCCCAGUGAAAAUGGUGUGAUUCAUGGGAGUCUCUAUGCCUACAUGAUAGGGUUGAUUGCUGGAGUGAUUGGCUGGAGUAUCUUGGGAGCCGUCGAGAGUGUCAUUGCUGAUAUUGUCGAUGCGUCUGUCAUCUGCUGGAGCAGUGAAGUUGGUAGCUAUGGAAGGGAGGCCAGAUAUUGUCGGGAAGCUGGCUGGCUCUUUGGCCAAGAGCCUGCUCCCUCGGUCAGCUAUACAGUUGCUAGCGAACUAUGACCCACUGACCUCAUAUCAUUCUGUGUGGAGGACAGUCCCGUCAAAAACAUUUAUAUGCGAUGGUCAUGUGGUACUUAUGAUACCAACAUGUCCUUCCUCGUGGUACGUCGGUCGAAUCAGAUCGCAGAUAAGAAGUGAUUUUCAUAAACCGGAUUACCGGGUGCUUUGUAUGUCUUUUAUAUCGUACUGUGCAAUUUUGUUACAGUCAUAUUAUUCUGCAAUCUCCAAUUUCCGUAUACUGUCCUACUUCUAAGCAGUUUUUUCUCUUGGUUUCACCUCAUAGAUUUGCGAUUUUAAAAUUGUGUUAUCG